CCCAUCAUGCGAAAGAAGGCCGAAGGAGCCCGACGGGGAGGAGGAGCAGGAGCGUCUCUGCUAGUGCGUGUGAACGGGACGCGUUGUGGGGGCGCUGGAGGAGGGGAGGAGCCCCGCUGCGCGGAGGCGGCAUCUGCUCGGAGACGGCUUGGGAAGUUGGCCGAGAGACCGGAGCCCCGACCCGCCCCCAGCCCAGCCGCACACCCACUGGCGGGACCGGGAAGCCGGGCGGCUGGCAAAGCGUUCCGGAGAGCCAGCAUGAGCCGCGUCCGGCGGGGACCGAGGUGAGCCACUUGGGGCUGGACGGACGGCAUCUCCCGGCGGCGGCCAGAGGGGAGACGCGGCGGCUCUUGGCUCUGCUAGUUCUGCUCUGGCGGGGCAUCCGCAUCAGGGCAAGUCGGUUGGAAAUCCGGAGUCGGGGCUUGUUUGGCGGACUCAGAGGAGGAUGUGGAUCUCUGAGAGGCUGUAGAAACUGUGAACCAGAGUCUAGAGGCAGAUUUGAAAUGGAUGAGAACUAAUAAAUGGAAAUGUAAUCCCAUCAGGACAAAGGUGCUGUUGGGCAAAACUGUUGGGCAAAAGGACUGAUCCACAAAUUGAGGUCCUGGUUUUGGUGCACGGGAAUGGUGAUGUGCAAUCUGUAAGAGAAGAAGCCAGUUGAAUCCCCAAAGGAAUAUUCCACAGGAUGUAAUAUGGGUUCCCCCUAGUGGAAAAACGUGGAAAUUAUUUAAAUUUAUCAGUCUAGAAACCAUGGCUGUGAACACCACAUCAACCACUCAUCAUCAGAACAAAGUGUUGGACCACAUAAUAAAACUUCAUUACGACUAUGUUGGAAAGGGCGACCGAGUAAAUCGGGAAAAAGGCAUAGACCCAACUACUAUUGCACUUCUAAUCAUCUGUAGCUUCAUCAUCCUGGAGAACCUGAUGGUGUUGAUUGCCAUAUGGAAAAACCAUAAGUUUCACAACCGCAUGUACUUCUUCAUUGGCAAUCUAGCUCUCUGUGACUUGCUGGCUGGGAUUGUUUACAAAGUGAACAUUUUGAUGUCUGGGAGCAACACCAUGAGUCUGACAAUGAAUAUGUGGUUUGUCCGGGAAGGCAGCAUGUUUGUGGCUCUAGGAGCAUCUACUUUUAGCUUAUUGGCCAUUGCUAUUGAAAGACAUUUGACUAUGAUCAAAAUGAGGCCAUAUGACGCUAAUAAAAAAUACAGGGUCUUUUUGCUUAUUGGAACAUGCUGGCUUAUCUCAGUCUCCUUGGGUGCCUUACCAAUCCUUGGUUGGAACUGCAUUGACAAUUUACCAGACUGUUCCACUGUUUUGCCACUCUAUUCUAAGAAAUAUGUAGCAUUUUGCAUCAGCAUCUUCAUUGCCAUUCUGGUGGCCAUUGUCAUCCUUUAUGCACGUAUUUACAUCUUGGUAAAGUCCAGUAGCCGUAAUGUCACAAAUCACAGCAACUCAGAGAGAUCAUUGGCAUUGCUUAGGACAGUUGUGAUUGUUGUUGGAGUUUUUAUUGCCUGUUGGUUGCCAUUGUUUAUUUUGCUGCUGAUUGAUGUGGCCUGCAAAACAAAGUAUCCUAUUUUAUACAAAGAAGAUGGUUUCAUUGCCUUGGCUGUCCUCAAUUCAGCAAUGAAUCCCAUCAUCUACACUCUGGCAAGUAAGGAAAUGCGUCGGGCUUUCUUCCGCCUUGUUUGUGACUGUCUGGUGAGGGCCAAUGUCACGUCUUUGCCUAUCCAACCCACACCAGAUCAGAGUCGAAGCAAAUCCAGUAAUAGUAGCAAUACCCAAAAGCUGAAAGAUGAGUUCCCACAAACAAAAAUAUCAUAUACACUUGGAAAAAAUGAGUCUUCAUUUCAGAAUGGAAAUUUUUGUAACUGAAGCUUGAUAACUCUGCAAACCAAGGACUCUUGUGUGGCUCUUUAGAGCCAACUAGAGGUACAUCUAGUGGGGCUUAAUGCUUUUCAGUUAUGAAGAAAAUGAUAACUUGGAAUGCCUGCUUUUUCUUAGCAUGAACCAUUUUGGACCAGAUUUAGCUCUCUGAGAGAACUGACUUGGGCAAAGUCUUUGUGAAGUCUCCUAGUGUCUGUCUGAAGAAAGAUGGCACCUUUGACAUGGAUUUUCUUGGUGCACUUUGAUCCAAAAUACAUAUGUAGUAGGCAAGCAAAGCAGAAAAAAGGACCUGUUAUUUGAAACAGUAUAUGAAACCUGCGUUUCAGUCACCAAUAACUACCACAUUUUAUCUCCCAUACAAUUUCUCUUGUAGGCUCUGUGUGAAGCAUAGCUUUCAAUCAGACUAAAUGAUCAAAUAUUAUAUGAUGAGCCUUUCCAGGAAUCAGAUAGUUUGCAAGCAUUCCAUAAUAUCAUAGUUGCUCAUUCAAUUGUCCUAGAAGUAGAAACUCAUAGGACAUGAUAACAUCCAGUCAAUAGUUGUGAAUGUACACUAAGUACUGCAGACAGUCAAAAUAACCAUCCCCAUUUAGGCCAAAAUGGACAUGUUUUCUUCUCCAUAUUGUGCUUUUCCCCCCUUGUGUUUCUCAUACUUAUGCUAAAGGAUUCACACUACAGGAAUUUUUCUACAGACCCUGAGAUAGCCAAGCCAUGAAAUGAAUGCUUAAGAUGGGACAUAAACUUUGCCCUGAUGAAGGCACAAUGAAGAUGUCAUAAGGAUGUAACAUGUACAUGGACAAACAGAUAUGUCAAAGCUGAGGCCUCUUUAUCUGUACAUUUUUUAAAACAAUGGCAACUGUAUGGCAAGAGUAUUGUAGCAAAACUAAGGUAUUGUGUGCUACUAUCAAAUGAUAUUCUCUCGUGUGGGGAAGGGAGAACUCUGCCAGCCCAGUAAUUUGACUUGCAGUCAUUAUUGCAAGCUCCUUGUUAGGCAUUUGGGAGAAGAAAUUGUUUUUGUUUUUUUUAGUUUUUAAGAAUCACAAUAAUUGUUCAUUGUUGUUGAAUCUCCUUUUAUUAUUUAAGGUUGUUAGAAUUCAAUUGAAAUAUGUGUCUUGGAAUUUCAUGCAUGUAUUAUCUGUGGGUUUUUAUUAAAAAUCAAUGCAUAUA